AUGUCAAUUAAAAAGCAGAUUGUGGGGGGCCAUAUACAUGAGCGGAUUCACACAGAAGAGAGGCCCUUCCGCUGCCCCGACUGCGGGAAGGGAUUCAAGCAAAACUCCACCCUCGGUGCCCACCGGCGCAUCCACACUGGGGAGAGGCCUUAUGAGUGUGGGAAAUGUGGGAAGAGAUUCAGAAACAUCUCCCACCUGAUGCAGCACCAGGUGGUCCACACAGGGGAACGGCCCUACACCUGCUUGGAAUGUGGGAAGAGCUUUGGGCAGAGCUCCACCCUGAGAGUCCACCAGCGGAUCCACACUGGCGAGAGGCCCUAUGAGUGUCCUGUGUGUGAUAAGAGGUUUCAGACCAGCUCCAAUCUCCUCCUACAUGAGCGGAUUCACACAGAGGAGAGGCCCUUCCGCUGCCCCGACUGCGGGAAGGGAUUCAAGCAAAACUCCAACCUCACUGUCCACCGGCGCACCCACACCGGGGAGAGGCCCUACGAGUGUCCUGAGUGUGGGAAGAGCUUCUCACAGAGCUCUCACUUGACCGAACACCAACGGAGGCUCCACUAA